AUGAACUACUUCACCCUCCUCAUGGCUCUUCUGCCCGCCCUUGUCUUAGCCCAAGAUGGCGCAGGCUCCGUCAACCCGAACCCGAUCGAAAAGAUCCCAGACAACCCAGCCAUCGCCGCCGCGGCCGCUUCGUCGUCCACCUCCACCUCGGCCCCUCCAGCCCCUAGCGCCACACACUCGGACGACAAGGGCAACAACGGACACGGCGACCACCCCAAUGUCGUCCCUGCCAUGUCCACCUCCACGCUCGCCCCCGUACCUACCGCAGGUAACAACGCGACCAUCUCGGGAGGUGCUGGUGGCGCGAACGGGACUAACGGGACCAACAGUACCGGCGGAGCUGCGCCUUGGGCGCACACGAUGCCCGUCGCGGGCUUGUUUGCUGUUGCGGGAGCGGUGGGCGCGGCGGUGUUGUUGUAG